AUGGCUACAUGCCCAGCUCAUGUGUACUACUUGUUGCGUAUGGGGCCCAUGUCAUGUGAUGUAAGAUGUGUGAAAGCCAUGGCUGCCUCUGUUGCAGGUGAAUGCAUAAGGUGUUCGGAAGAUUUCUGGCCGAAUAAUGAGAACGAUUUCUGCACUGCAAAACACAUCGAGUUUCUUUCAUAUGAAGAUCCCCUGGGUACAGCCCUGGCAACAUUUUCUGCUGGUUUCUCCCUGCUGCCAGCUGUUGUGUUUUGUGUCUUUAUGAAACACCAUAACAGUCCAGUUGUGAAAGCCAAUAAUCGUGAAGUCAGCUACUUUCUCCUGUUAACAUUAGGGUUAUGUUUGCUAACUCCGUUAAUAUUUAUUGGUCUUCCUAAAAAGGAGACUUGUGUUUUCAGACAGCCAGCUUUUGGCACAUUCUUUUCUAUCUGUGUCUCUUCUAUUCUGGCAAAAACCAUCACCGUAGUAAUUGCCUUUAAUGCUACAAAACCAGGAAGUCAUUUGAGGAACUAUAUUGGGCCAAAGGUGUCAUUUACUACUAUCUUUUGUUGUUCUCUUAUUCAGUGUUGUAUAUGUAUUAUAUGGCUGUCAGUUUCCCCACCCUUUUCAGAGUCUGACAAGAGCUAUCCUGGGAAGAUAGUCAUUCAGUGCAAUGAAGGCUCAGUUCUCAUGUUCUACUUAAUGCUGGCAUAUUUAGGCAUUCUUGCAAGUGUAACCCUUAUAAUUUCCUUUCUUGCCAGGAACCUUCCGGAUAGUUUCAAUGAGACCAGAUUUAUCACAUUUAGCAUGAUUGUUUUUAUAAGUGUUUGGUUCUCAUUUAUACCUGCUUACAUCAGCACAAAGGGGAAAUGUAUGGUUGCUGUGGAGAUUUUUGCAAUAUUCUCAUCAACUGUUGGGUUAUUAAUUUGCAUAUUUUUACCCAAAUGCUAUAUCAUUUUAUUGAGACCAGACAUGAACACCAGAGGACACAUAAUAAGGCAGCAAACCACUACUUGA